GGCAACAAAUUUUUUCAAUUUAAAAGAAUCUAUGAUAAAACAAACACAUAAACAACUAUAAUAGAGGAGUUAAAAGAUUCACACAUAACAAAGCUAACUUAAUUUUCUUCAAAACAAGAAAAGAAAAGAAAAAACCAAAUCCAAAUCCAAAAACAAAGCGCCACGUGGCAUUAAUAGAAUAACAACCAAAUGAAGAAAUGGAUAAGCUUACCAUCAUCACUAACCAUGGCAAUCGCCACCACACCAACAACACUCCAACGAAAUCGGAAACUCAGCAAUGAGUGUCGCCGUCGCAACAUCUAUGCUUUCUUCUUCCAUCCAUUCCCACCGUCGCCUCCAUUUAUUCAAACCCAGAUCAUCCUUCUCCAUUUCCCUUUCUCUUUCCCCUCCAAAACCCACCCAAACCAGCGUCGUCAUCAUCGGAGCCGGCCUGGCUGGCUUAGCCGCCGCCACCCACCUCCGCUCCAAAAACAUCCCCUUCCUCCUCCUCGAAGCCUCCGACGGCGUCGGUGGUCGUGUCCGCACCGACCUCGUCGACGGCUUCCUCCUCGAUCGCGGCUUCCAAAUCUUUAUCACCGCAUACCCUGAAGCCCAAUCUCUCCUCAAUUACCAAUCUCUCCGCCUCCAAAAAUUCUACUCCGGUGCUUUUGUCUAUUACGACCGGCAAUUCCACACCGUCGCCGAUCCUUUGCGCCAUUUCAUUGACUCUCUCGGUUCUCUAUCCAAUCCAAUUGGCUCUGUUUUUGACAAAUUGCUCAUUGGGCUUACCAGAGCCAGAGUCCUUGCCAAGGCGGAUGAGGAAAUUUUCACCGCCGACGAGGCUUCUACCAUUGAUUUUCUUCAGCAAAUUGGUUUUUCUGAUUCUAUAAUUUCCCGAUUCUUCCGUCCGUUUUUUGGUGGAAUUUUCUUCGAUACCCAAUUGGAAACCUCCUCCCGAUUGUUUAAUUUCAUUUUCAAAUGCCUUGCUCUAGGCGAUAAUACUCUACCAGCCGACGGAAUCAGCGCAAUCCCUCAACAACUGGCGUUCAAUCUUCCACCGGAGACUAUUUUACUGAAUUCCAAAGUGGUCUCCGUCGAUUUCGAUGACUCAUCGAAAUCGAAAUCGCCAAUUGUGAAGUUACAGAGUGGGGAAAUUAUAAGGAGCGAAAUGGGAGUGAUCGUGGCGGUGGAGGAACCUGAGGCGGAAAGAUUACUGGCAGGAAGACGAAAAAUCGGGAACCGGAAACCCCCGAGAAGUACGGUGUGUGUGUAUUUCACGGCGGAUCGAGAUAGGAUUCCGGUGAAGGAACCGGUAUUGUUUCUGAAUGGAUCAGGGAAGGGGAUCGUGAACAACAUGUUUUUUGCGACGAAUGUGGCGCCGUCGUACGGGCCGCCGGAUAAGGCGCUGGUAUCGGUGUCGUUGAUCGGGAAAUUUGAGGGUGUUGAAGAUGAGGAUCUAACGGCUGAGGUUAUCCGGGAGAUGGGAGAUUGGUUUGGGGAAUCGACGGUUGAGGGGUGGAAGCAUCUGAGAACGUAUAGGAUUGAGUUUGCGCAACCGAAUCAAUCUCCACCAUGGGAUUUGAUGAAAGAUCCAACGGUGGAGAAUGGGCUUUACGUAUGCGGUGAUUAUUUGACAUCCGCCACUUUCGACGGUGCUUUAGUCGCCGGGAGAAAGGCGGUUGAAGCUUUGGUCAGGGACAGAGCGGUCAUUUACGUAUGAGUUUUUUAAUUCUUUGAAUUUUUUUCUCUAAAAAUCUAAAUUGUCUAAAGUAUUAUUUUUUAAAAACAUAAUUGUUCAAUAUAUAUAGAGAUAAAAGUUCGAUUUGGUA